AAGAACGACCAUCCCGAUUCCCACACUUUGAUCUCCGCCCGCCCGUGACCUCUAAACCACCGCCACUCUCAUCGCCACAUGUAGAAAACCACCACCCCCAAUGUCGUCGAACGAGCAUACCCUAGCCUCCCUAAUCUCCCAGCUCGUCCUCUCCUUAGACGGCGCCGUUUUGGGCACCAUCGUCGCCUUCGCCGCCGUCGAUUCCUUCCUCAACUUCAAAUCCACCACCUCCGCCCUCCGCAAGAUCCGCCAAGCCCCCUCCGUCAAAGUCUCCGAUCUCCGCUCCCUUGUCCACGAAGACUCCGACCAACCGCAGCCUUCUGAUGCCUCCAAGCUUGUCGUCCUCCGCGGCCGCGUCCAAGCCACACCCGACGCCGACGGAACCUACAAGAGCCUCAAGUCCAGCCCGAUCAUCAACCCCGAUAAUAACGAGAACACCACCAUCGACGCCGUCAUCGUUCAGAGGACGCAACGGCUUUUGUAUAACGAGUGGAAGGGUUUUCUUUGGCGGACUUAUGAUUUGAGAGCUAAAUUGGCGAAGCCUUGGAGAGAACAAGAAUCCAGCACGAUCAAAAUGGUUCCUUUUGUUCUUGGUGAAGCUGGGAAUUCCGAUUUCGUUGUUCCGAAUAUCGAUGGCUCAGGACACCCCUUGCCUCUUGUGACAGUUUAUCAGCAAAAGCAGCUCUUUAAUCCUAGUCCCUUUACAUUCCUGCAGAAAAUUUUUGGUCAUGAUUACCCAAUCGGUCUACAAGAUGAAGAAAAGGUUCUUCCAUUGGGAGUCGAAGUCAGUGCUGUUGGUAUCUGCAGUUUCCAAAAUGGGAUACCAGAAAUCAAGUCAUGCCGUGAUCUUCCCUAUUUUAUGUCUUUGAUGGAUAAGGAUGAGUUGGUUCUACAUCUCGAACACAAGACAAACACAUUAUUCUGGUUUGGGGUUGGUUUUGGUUUGUUGUCAGUUGGAAUCCUCUGCUAUGCUGGUGCAAGGAAUUGGCACAAAUUUAGAGAAUGGAGGCAACGAAGGCAGCCACAGCAAGCAAGCGAUGCAGCUGGAACCAUUGCUGAUCCUCAAAUUGAAGCAGAAGAUGAGGAAGUAGGGGAAGUACCGGAUGGGCAGUUAUGUGUCAUCUGUCUGAUGAGGAGAAGACGAUCUGCCUUCAUUCCGUGCGGGCAUCUUGUGUGUUGCCAUCUCUGCUGCAUAUCCAUUGAGCAGAGCACGUCACCCAAGUGCCCGGUCUGCAGGCAGGAGAUCCGCACUGCAAUGCGCAUAUAUGACUCUUAGUUGUAUUUUUCUAGUAUUAGGAUAUACGAGGAAGUUGCAUGUAAAGUGAUUGUGGAUAGUUGACAUGGAGUAGUUUCCUCACAUGAGUUUAACUGUAGAUUUUGAAGGAUUUUUCAUGGAGUAAAGCUGCAUGUUAUGUGUAUAACAUCUGGAUUAGAAUCCAGUUCAUUUUGUCUUCUG